UAUCCCAAACACGACCGUGUCUAUGGCUGGGAGAAUGGAGGCCAAGAUCGCGGCCCCCGCGCUGCUCUCGCUUGUCGCGGUCACCCUGCUCGCGCACACGCUCCUCCUCCACCGUCCGCGCGCCACCGCCUGGCUCCUCUCCACCGUCGACGCGUUCCCGUUCGACGGCCACCGCCUCCUCGAGCUCGUCAACCGGAGGAACAUGAUCCUCCUCUGCAACGCCAUCCUCCUGCUCAUCCUCAAGGACGCCGGGCUCCUCGCUGCUCCACCCCGACCACGCUGCACCGCGGCCGUUGGCGCUGCCUCCUCCAGCUCCGAGACACGGCCUCAGCCCAAGAGUCGGCGGAUCAGUACGGCGGCUGGCCCGACCGGCGCGGACGAAGAUCGUCUCAAGCCUGAACAUCCAGGCCCUGAGACGGCCACGGCCACGGCGCGAGUACGGCGCGGCAAGCCGCUGACGAGAGCGAGACAGGGGGGAUAUGCCGCGGUCAAACCGAUCGGUCCCGCGGAGAAACAGAGAUCGGAGUACAGCUUCAACCACUUCCAUCAUGGUGCUGGCAAUGAGAUUGUCGUGGUGGCGGAUAAGAUCUCUAGCUUGCAUGACAAGAGAAGCAGAGGAGAGGAGCACACGGUGCGGCAGGAAACAGAGGCAGAGCGCGCUCAAGACGUGGACGAGAUGAACAAGAAAUUCGAAGAGUUCAUCGCCAGCAUGAGGAGGAAGAUGCAUCUCGAGACCCUGCAGCUGCAGCAGCAGGUCCAGGUCUAGACACAGAGCGGAGAACGAUCUACAUGUACAGUGACUAGUAGGACGCAGAGGCUCGACAAAUGCUGCUGGAAAUUAAUGGCUGUCCUGCAUUUGUAAUUCUAUUUUAGAAUGGCAGAAUGGGGAAUUCUUCUUCUGUUA